UUUAGUAUUAGUAUUUCCGGUUCAGAUCAAAAUGGAAGGAAAUCGAGAUGAAAGUGAGCGGUGUUAUCAUCUCGCAAACAAGUAUUUAUCGGUUGGAGAUCUCGAAAAGGCAAAGAAAUUUCUUCACAAAGCAGAGCGAUUAUAUCCAACACAAAAGGCAAAAGAUUUGUUAGAGAGGAUUGAGUCAAUGUCUGAUGAUGAAUCUACACAAGAUAACAAAGAAAACCAAGAACCUCAGAAAGAGGGAGUACGCCACAGGCGGGGGAGCUUCGGGAGGGACAAGACAGAAGGGUCAGGUGUGAAAGACUACACAGAGGAACAACUGACUAUGGUUCGCAAGAUUAAAAAAUGUAAGGAUUACUAUGAAAUUCUUGGAGUAGAGAAAACUGCAACAGAGAUAGAACUGAAAAAGUCCUAUAGAAGAUUAGCACUACAGAUGCACCCAGACAAGAAUAAGGCGCCAGGUGCUACAGAAGCAUUUAAAGCCAUUGGAAAUGCUUUUGCCGUUUUGAGUGAUGAAAGUAAGCGCAGGCGGUAUGAUGCAUAUGGUCCCGAAAUGGAGGAGACCAAUCACAGACGACAUACCUACAGAAAUGAGUUCGAAGGUGACAUCUCACCUGAGGAACUCUUCAACAUGUUCUUUGGAGGAGGAUUCCCCUCAAAUAAUGUUUAUACACACCACACACACAGACCUCGACAUCGCCAUCACCACAGUCGUGAACAUGUAUCUAAUGAUUCUGGCUUCACACUGUUGCUGCAGCUGUCCCCUAUACUACUUCUAGUCUUUCUAUCUCUGUUGUCCAGUUGGUUCGUUAGUGAUCCAAUAUACAGCCUUCAUCCAUCAGGGAAAUAUGAUACAGAGAGAACAACAUCAAAUUUACAUGUGAAAUAUUAUGUGAAGAAUGACUUUAAGGUGGAAUUUAAAGGUGAUUUAAGGAGGAUAGAGAGAAAUGUAGAGGAAGAAUAUAUAUCUAAUCUAAGACAGAAUUGUUGGAGAGAAAGAACGUAUAAAGAGAACUUAUUAUGGAGAGCUAGAAAUCAUGCUGAUGCACGAUUAUAUGAAAAAGCCCAAAACCACCCUACACCAUCCUGUGAUAGACUUCAGUCUAUAUAUGCGUAGGUAAAACCCAGAGUUCUCCAAUGUACAGAAUGUACCUGUGAUCUUUGGGUCUGUUUUAGCCAGGAAUGGAAAGAGACGUUCUUAAUGAGUGAUGAUUAAUUUCCAGUGCACACCAGAAAAUUCCCUUUUUAUCCAGGAAGUGCAUAAUUUAUUCAUGGAAUUCUUAUCAGUGGACUCGAAUGCUGUGCAUUCUCUAUUAAAUUAACAUGGAAAGUGUGGUAAAUUGUCAGUGAGGUACGUUUUUAAUUGCAAGUUAAAUAUUGUCUGAAUGUGUUGACUGAAUGUUAUUCUUUCUGGGGUUAUUUUUUCUUUGCACAGUGAAAAAACUUUGUGAAGGUUUGAAUUUGUGUGUUCUGAUGAAUUACAUGUACAUAUAUUGAAAAAAAAACAACAAAAAAAACCCCAAUCUUUUUGAAGUUUUGUUAGACUUUUAACAAGAAAAUAAAUAGGACAACUAUUUGUAAAAAUCAUAUUGGGAUUUUAAGUAUUUGCAUUCUUAUGAGCAUAAAUGGUUUGAAUGUAAAAAUCAUUAGAAAUAACUCAACCUUUUCCCUCAGAAUUGUUUGAAAAAAAUCAUGAAUAAUUUGCAAUGCAUUUUAAUAUUUGAACAUGUAUUCAUUUAGUUCAGAAUAAAUGUAUUAAGCAGAACUUUCUGCUGUGACUCAAGAAGCAUUGUGAAUCCAUUUUAAUGAUAUUUUAAAUAUUUAUGGAUACAAAAUUCAGUGUUUCAAGUGCCAAGACAUGGAUGAGAGUAGAAUUAAUGAAGUGUGCUACAUGUUUUGAAAUGUAGAAGGCUCAUUGCAUUAGUUCAAAUAAUUAUAAUAACUUGCAAUUAUAACUAACUUUUUGUAAUAAAACGUGUUGCUGUUUGCAGAAUAUUUAUUUGUGAAAGACUAAAUCAUGGAUCUUUUGAAAGUACAUCAGAGACAUGAGUAGAUAGGCUUUUUAAAAGUUGCAUGUGUUAAACAAAAAUUUGAAAAAUUCCAUGUACAAAAUGUUCAGUACCUAUGAAUGGCAUUGAAAAUACACACAUUAUGAGGAUCCACAUUUUUUUCACUCUGUGUCAAGGUCUGAUUUGGGUUUUAACCUAUCAUUUUUGUCCCUGAGUAGUUUUUAAUCAGACCAAAUUUAAUAUUUGUUGUUACUGUGAUUUAGUUUUAAAUGUUCGACUUUUAUUUAAUUGUUUGUCCUUCUUCAAAAGUUGUAUAAAUAUAAAUACAUGUAUUUAAAUAACACGGGGGCAAAAUGUACAGUUGUAAUGAAAACUUUUGUACAUAGCACCAUAAAAAUCGAAAAUUUUUUAUAUUUGUUGUGUUUAUUUACAUGUAUAAUGCAUAUUAAAUAAAUCAGAUCUCUUUCAUAACAUCUUCUC